GGCUUGCCACAGGUCUGGAAAGUCAAGGAAAAGUCAGGGAGAUUCUGUGCACUGAACUAAUUGGGCCUAUGACUAAUAAAAACAGUUGUUUGAAUUUUAUUUGUGGAUUUGAAUACAAAUUUUUAAAAUAAACUAGUUGUUUUGAAUGGAAUUACAACCUUGCUGUUUUUAGGCAAAAAACUCGGCAGAUUAGCAAGAAACUUCGCAAAUUGAAAAUUGAAAAAUGAUGGUACCAAGCCUUCGAAAGGUCCUGGUUUUUUGUAUAAUUCCAUAUGUGGUUUGUACCAAUUUUGGCCCUCUCGGUGGAGGGACUCACAGUGUGGAAUCUGGGAGUGAGAAAGUAGGCUCUUUGAAAGACUUUACGAAUCACAAAAGUGGUUCCGAAUAUCUUGCCCAGGAAAAGGCAAGAACGACGAAGGAGGGUAGUUCUGAGUUGGAGAAGAAGGGUGCAGAGUCUCAUGAAGAGAAAACAAAUUUUGGGCACUAUGAUGAGCAGGAUUCUGUACAAAAAGGACAUGAAGUUGGUCGACAGGCUGCAGGGGAUUCGCAUAAAAUUGAUCAGGGUGAACAUGCUGUGGAGAAGCAGGUGAAUGGACAAGAGAAAAAAGGAUAUCACCGUAGUGGAUUCGUUAAUAAAUACCACAAAGACGAAUCUGGCGACAAUUCCAGUUUUUAUGAAGACAGCAAUAAUGAAAGUGGACAUAAAGGAUAUGAAGGUCGUGGUGGACAGUAUCAUGAUAAGGCUGCGGAUUCUUAUAAAGAUGGGGUUCAUGAUAAAUCUCAUGCUGGAAAGAACCAAGUUGAUAAGGGUGUUUAUGAUAAAGGAGAAGGGUACAACAACCAAUAUAAUUACGCUGGAGGCCAUGAUGAUAGACGUUAUGAUGACGAUAGGAGGAAGAUCUAUCACGAUGGUGCUGGAAGGUACUAUGAUCAUAACGGAAAUGAGAUCUACUAUUACCGCAGGGAACAGCCUGAUCCUUAUUAUCCUAACGAAUAUUACCCUCACGGCCAACCCCAUUAUGAUGCCUACUAUCCGCGAGACCAGUAUGACACCAGAUAUUACGUUGAUCAGUCGGAUUACCAUAAAGGUGAUGCUUACUACCCUGAGGCUAGGCGCCACUACGAUGAAGCUGGUGACACCUGGGCAGAUUAUUAUAGGGAUGGUUAUUCCACCGGAUAUCAAAAGGGUUAUUUACCACAUGGUGCUCGUCAUCAAGAGUAUUAUAGGAGUUAUUAAAGUUAAUUCCAAUCUAAAGCAGAGCAUACAAAUUUCAAACUUGUCAAUUGCAAUCAAUUUAAGGAGUUAAAUAAAGCACUCAUUAUUACUCAUUAUGAAUUACUAUAUUACU